UCUCUCUCUCUCUCUCUCUCUAGCUCUAGAUUUCUCUCCCAAUCAAAUCACACAGAUACCUCUCUCUCUCUCUCUCUAACUUUCUCUCUCUAACUUUUUAGGGUUUUUGAAGAGGGCGUUCUUGAUCGAAGAAGUUGUUUCAAAAAACACACAAAUGCAGGUCUUCUUGUAGAUUGUAGAUUUUUUCUUUUUUGCUUCAAAACCUCUCUUUCUUCAAUGUGCGUUUCUCUCUCUUCGAUCUACUCCUAAACGGUUUUGGCAUUUGGUUCUUGGAAAUGUUGAAAUUUAGAUUAAGAUGAGCCGGGCGGAAGUGUCAAGGAUGAGGUCUCCUCUUGUUCCGCUUGGGACUCUGAUUGGUCGAGAGCUUAGGAACGAGAAGCUUGAGAAGCCUUUCUUGAAGUAUGGACAGGCUGCUUUGGCAAAGAAAGGGGAGGAUUAUUUCCUGAUAAAACCUGAUUGCUUGCGGGUGCCAGGAAAUCCGUCGACAUCAUUUUCUGUUUUUGCGAUUUUUGAUGGACAUAAUGGUAUAUCAGCUGCUAUCUUUGCAAAGGAGAACUUAUUGGAUAAUGUUUUGAGUGCGAUUCCUCAAGAAAGCAGUAGGGAAGAGUGGCUUCAAGCCCUUCCUCGGGCACUAGUUGCAGGUUUUGUGAAAACUGACAUAGAAUUUCAGCAGAAAGGAGAGACUUCUGGGACAACAGUGACAUUUGUUGUGAUUGAUGAUUGGACUAUAACUGUUGCAUCUGUGGGGGAUUCACGUUGCAUAUUGGACACCCAGGGGGGUGUGGUUUCUCUCUUGACCGUUGAUCACAGGCUGGAGGAGAAUGUAGAGGAGAGAGAGCGUGUCACUGCUAGUGGGGGUGAAGUAGGAAGACUCAAUGUAUAUGGGGGAAAUGAGGUUGGCCCCCUACGAUGCUGGCCUGGUGGAUUAUGCCUUUCUAGGUCUAUUGGUGACACAGAUGUUGGAGAAUUCAUUGUACCAAUACCACAUGUUAAGCAAGUGAAGAUUUCAAAUGCUGGAGGAAGACUUAUAAUUGCUUCUGAUGGUAUCUGGGAUGCUUUAUCUUCUGAUAUGGCUGCCAAGUCUUGUCGGGGUUUACCUGCAGAGCUUGCUGCAAAGCUGGUUGUGAAGGAAGCUCUAAGGUCAAGGGGCCUGAAGGAUGAUACAACCUGCCUCGUUGUUGAUAUCAUCCCCUGUGACCAGCCUGUUUUACCACCAACACCAAGGAAGAAACAGAAUAUGCUCCGUUCUCUACUCUUUGGGAAGAAAUCUCAGAGUUUUACUAACAAAUCAACAAAUAAGCUUUCUUCUGUGGGGGUUGUGGAGGAGUUGUUUGAAGAGGGUUCUGCAAUGCUUGCAGAAAGGCUGGGUAAGGAUUUUCCUGCGAACACAAAUUCUGGGCUUUUCCGGUGUGCAGUCUGCCAAGUUGAUCAAGCCCCCGCAGAUGGAUUAUCAGUAAAUUCAGGGCCUUUCUUCUCUCCAGCAUCGAAACCAUGGGAAGGCCCCUUCCUUUGUGCUAAUUGUCGGAAGAAGAAAGAUGCCAUGGAAGGAAAAAGGGCGGGCAUACCCACAGUGAUCUCAUAGUAAUUUGUCUGGUAAAAUAGUAAAUAUUGAUAUAUUUUUUUUCUCUGGCAGUGUGAGCAUGCUUGGUUUUCCUCGUCGGAAAUUGUCGUUAUAGAUGUGUGUAAGAAAUGAGGUAGAAAUACAGAGAGUAGGUGUUUUGGAGAUUGUUGAAAGUUUGUGGCAGUUCUGUUUGUGCUCAACUGUUGGACUGACUGACAGAGGACAAACAUGGUAUCUACUAGAUAUGUUUGUGAUAGUUUGAUUGCUAACAGCUUGAAUUUGUAAGUAAAAACGAAGAUUCCGUAAUGAUAAGCUAUGUUUCAGCAGUUUUUUCUGCUUGUAGUUGGAAGUCA